GCCGACUUGCUGGGUUUGCUGAAGCUCAAAAUCGAGGGCGGAGAUGGCUCUGUUUUCGAUUUCUUCGAUUACGACCCCGAGGAUCUCAGUUCAGCAAAUACAAAGGAUAACAUACAUUGCCACGACGACGGGAGGGUGUACGUGUUCGCGUCACCGGAAAGCAAGCUUCGAAGAGGGAUCGACAUGGACACCUCUAGCGGGAGUUGGUUACUGAUAUCAAACAGCGUGAUCAAAAACGACGGUGGAGAGAGAAUAGCGGCGAAGAGCCUGUAUUGCUUUUACGCCGAUGAGUUGAGCUGCGACGGCGCCCUGCUGCGCAAGGGGAGGAGGAAGACGCCAUGGUCAAUGCGAGAGUUUCGUUUGAUCAGCGGUGUGAAGAAGACGAGUGGGGAGGAGAUUGCGCUCUGCGUGGUGCGUAAAUCUACAAGGUGAAGGAAUGGUGGGAAAUCGAUGCAAGGAACAUAUUUUGAAGCCCGUGAGAGCAGCUCAUCAAUAGCUACAGGGGAUGAAUUCAUU